GAUUUGAGGCAGCUUUGCGCUUCUGUCCCCUGCAGGGACGAUCUGGGGCGCUUGGGCUCCGACCUUGUUCCGAGCUAGCCCGGUGCCUAGCCUCGCACUCUUGGUGCGUGCUGGGGCGCACGGCGACACUGGCCGUGGGAUUGCUCCGGGGAGGUCGGUGGGGUUGCCUCAGCUAGCAGCCGCCUGGGAUCACCGCUGGCGCUCGAGGGGGCGGCGCCUUCCGACCCGGAGUGGGGCGCGCUGGCCUUUAGGUACCUGCCCAGCCUUUUGGAGCCGGGGUGCGGCGCAGCACCCUUUUCCGAAGCGUCUCGGGAAUGAUUGUCGCCCUACUGGAUGGACCACUGCACUACUGAGUGAUGGCCAUCUUCUGACCCCACUAGGGAGUUGUCUGCAGAGUUGAAAUGUUUAUUGUGGUAACCUCCGACCUUAGGUGAUUAAGGUUGAAAGCCUCUGGGAACUUGCUGUAUGAAAUUCUCUCAAGUCCUCACUGGUUGCUGCGUCCGUUCUUGGAUUUGAGCCAGCAUGGCUUAUACCACAAAAGUCAAUGGCUAUGGUGCAGAUAAAACAGAUGACGUUCUGAACGGAGACCAUAACAAGGAACAGAAGGACCCCUAUUUUGUGGAAACCCCUUAUGGUUUUCAGCUAGACUUAGAUUUCGUCAAAUACGUGGAUGACAUACAGAAGGGAAAUACGAUCAAGAAACUCAACAUCCAGAAGAGACGAAAGCCUUCUGGACCAUGCCCAGAAGUCAAGGCCACGCCUGCUCAUCAGGGUGUGUGGACUUCCACUGAAUCCCUGUCAUCCUCCAACAGCGAUGACAGCAAACAGUGCCCCAGCUUCCACCUAGCCAGAAGCCACGUGACAUCAACCCCAAUCCCGCGACCACCUGCCCCCCUAGAGACUUCACCCACUUUUGCCAUCCCAGAGAGUCGACAGCUGCUGCCCCCUCCCUCGCCUCAACCUCCAAAGCACAACCUUCAUGUCACCAAGACAUUGAUGGAGACCCGGAGAAGACUCGAACAGGAGAGAGUCACCAUGCAGAUGGCACCAGGGGAGUUCAGAAGGCCCCGGCUGGCCAGUUUUGGGGGCAUGGGCUCCACGAGCUCCCUCCCAUCCUAUAUGGGUUCUGGUAACCACAAUUCAGCCAUGCACCAGCUUCAGAAUGGAUACCAAGGCAAUGGGGAUUAUGGUAGCUAUGUCCCGGCAGCUGCUACCACUUCCUCCAUGGGGAGCUCCAUCCGCCACAGCCCAUUGAGUUCAGGGAUCUCCACCCCCGUGACCAAUGUGAGCCCUAUGCACCUGCAGCAUAUCCGAGAACAGAUGGCCAUCGCCUUAAAACGCCUGAAGGAACUUGAGGAGCAGGUGAGGACCAUCCCCGUGCUCCAGGUGAAGAUCUCCGUCUUGCAAGAAGAGAAAAGGCAGUUGGCCUCACAGCUGAAAAAUCAGAGGGCUGCGUCCCAGAAUGAGGCUUGUGGGGUGAGGAAGCGCUCCUACAGUGCCGGCAAUGCCUCCCAGCUGGAACUGCUUUCCCGGACCCGAAGAGGUGGCGGGGAAUUGUACAUCGACUACGAGGAGGAGGAAGAGAUGGAGAGCGUGCAGCAGAGCACACAGAGGAUCAAGGAGUUCCGGCAGCUCACAGCCGACAUGCAGGCGCUGGAGCAGAAGAUUCAGGAUAGCAGCUGUGAGGCCGCAUCAGAGCUCAGGGAGAAUGGACAGUGCCCGUCUCGGGAGUGCAAGUCUGUGGCUGUCGGGAGUGAUGAGAACAUGAACGACAUUGUUGUUUACCACAGAGACUUCAGGACCUGCAAGGAUACAGCUGUAGGGACCGUCAUCGAGACAAGGAACUUUGGCACCAGUGUGACAGAAGCCAUGCUCGGCGUGAUUACCGAAGCUGACAAAGAGAUUGAGCUGCAACAGCAGACCAUAGAGGCCUUAAAGGAAAAGAUUUACCGCCUGGAAGUCCAACUUAAAGAAACCACCCAUGAUCGGGAGAUGACUAAGCUAAAGCAAGAACUACAGGCUGCUGGAUCCAGGAAAAAAGUCGACAAGGCCACAAUGGCCCAGCCACUUGUCUUCAGCAAGUUGGUGGAGGCACUUGUGCCAACCAGAGACCAAAUGGUUGGCAGUCACGUGGACACAACAGAUUCGUGUGUUGGGACCUCAUUGCAAACAAGCAGCGUAGGCAUCUCCUGCCAACCCGAUCGCAAGAAUCAAGUUGCGGGGCCCGAGCUGCCAAUGAAUUGGUGGGUCGUGAAGGAGAGAGUGGAAAUGCAUGACCAAUGCGUAGGGAAGUCUGUUGAGACUUGUGACCAGAGUGUGGGCGUGGAAGUCAGCAUCUGUGAAACAGGCAGCAACACAGAGGCUUCUGGGAGUGACCUGACACUCCUUAAGACAAACUUGAACCUCAAAGACGUGCGGUCCAUUGGCUGUGGAGACUGUUCUGUUGAUGUGAUCGUCUGCGCCCCCAAGGAGUGCGCCUCCCGAAGCAUGAACACAGAAGCGGUAAGUCAGGAGGAGGCCGCGAUCAUGGCAGUGCCUGAUACCACAAACCAGCAUACUAGCACGACUCUGGAGCAGGUGGACCAGUGCACUAACACGGAGGCGGCCACCCUUGUGGAGUCCUGCACCAACACCUUCCUCAGCACCCUUGACAAGCAGACCAGCACCCAGACUGUGGAGAUGCGAACAGUGGCCAUAGGAGAAGGCCGGGUCAAAGACAUCAACCCCUCCACUAAGACUCGGUCUGUUGGUGUUGGGACAGUGCUGUCCGGCAAUUCCGAGUUUGACAAGCCAUCUGCUGUGAAGACCAAAGAGUCAGGUGUGGGACAGAUAAAUAUUCACGACAACUACCUGGUUGGUCUCAAAAUGCGGACCAUAGCUUGUGGGCCUCCACAGUUGACUGUGGGGCUGAUGGGUGGCAGGAGGAGCGUGGGUGUUGGGAGCGAGCCUGUAGGGGAUCUCAUGGAGGAAGCUCCUCAGCCUCCGCUUGCAUCUGGGAUGGUGACUGGUUUGGAUCACUACAUUGAGCGCGUGCAGAAGCUGCUGGCAGAGCAGCAGGCCUUGCUGGCUGAGAACUACAGUGAACUGGCAGAGGCUUUUGGGGAGCCUCAUUCCCAGAUCGGCUCCCUCAAUUCCCAGCUCAUCAGCACCCUGACAUCCAUCAAUUCCGUCAUGAAGUCUGCAAGCAUGGAAGAGCUCAGGCACCCUGACUUCCAGAAAACCAGGCUGGGUAAAAUCACAGGAAAUCACUGUAAGUGUGGAGGCCUUCGGUCGGGAGGACUGUUAAAUGUGCCAACGGCCCAGCCUGAGCAAGAGACAGGAAUGGCGGAAGGGAAGCUUGUCAGAGGCCGAGACCAGUUCCCCACUCAGGGAAAUACUCCACCGGUGAACCUGACAGAUGACCAGAUAGCCACCGGCCUCUAUGUCUGUCCUAAUAAUGAAAAUACACUGAAGUCCAUCAUGAAGAAGAGCGAUGGGAAUAAAGAUCCGAAUGGCGGAGCCAAAAAGAACCUCCAGUUCAUUGGCAUCAACGGCGGGUAUGAGACAACGUCAAGUGAUGAUUCCAGCUCAGAUGGAAGCUCUUCUUCUGAGUCAGAUGACGAGUGUGAUACCAUUGAGUAUCCUCCCGAGGAAGAGGAGGAGGAAGAGGAGGAUGACGACACUCGGGGAAUGGCGGAAGGGCAGCAUGCAGUUAAUAUUGAAGGUUUCAAGUCUGCCAGGGUGGAAGAUGAAAGGCAGGUUCCAGAAUGUGAACCUGAGAAGGUGGAAAUCAGAGAGAGGUAUGAGUUAAGUGAAAAGAUGUUGUCUGCAUGCAACUUACUGAAAAAUAACAUAAAUGAUCCCAAAGCCUUGACCAGCAAAGAUAUGAGGUUCUGUCUGAACACCCUCCAGCAUGAGUGGUUCCGCGUGUCCAGUCAGAAGUCCGCUGUGCCGGCCAUGGUGGGUGACUACAUCGCCGCCUUCGAGGCCGUCUCCCCGGAGGUCCUCCGCUACAUCAUCAACAUGGCCGACGGCAAUGGCAACACCGCCCUCCACUACAGUGUGUCCCAUUCCAACUUCCAAAUCGUCAAGCUGCUUCUGGAUGCAGACGUGUGUAACGUAGAUCACCAGAACAAGGCGGGGUACACGCCUAUCAUGCUGGCGGCACUCGCCGCCGUGGAGGCAGAGAAGGACAUGCAGGUUGUAGAAGAACUCUUCGGCUGUGGGGACGUGAACGCCAAGGCCAGUCAGGCAGGACAGACGGCCCUCAUGCUGGCCGUCAGUCAUGGGCGAAUAGACAUGGUGAAGGGUCUGCUGGCCUGUGGGGCUGAUGUCAAUAUCCAGGACAACGAGGGCUCCACUGCCCUGAUGUGUGCCAGUGAACAUGGGCAUGUGGAGAUCGUCAAGUUGUUGCUGGCCCAGCCAGGAUGCAAUAGCCAACUGGAGGACAAUGAUGGCAGCAGCGCUCUCUCCAUAGCCCUGGAUGCUGGACACAAGGACAUUGCUCUUCUCCUGUAUGCCCAUGUCAACUUCGCGAAAGCCCAGUCUCCGGGCACCCCUAGGCUUGGAAGGAAGACAUCUCCUGGUCCUACUCACCGAGGUUCCUUUGACUGAUCAUGUAAAGAUAGCCCUCCACGUGUGUGCCGCCACGAAGCUGCUAAUUAUUCCUGUUGAGGUGACAGAUACUGAAUGUAUAAGGACCACGCCGAGCUGACCGGCAAACAGAAAUGUCAAGGAAGAAGCCGAAGGCUGACCCUUUGGCAAGGAAAGCAGAGCUGGUGGGAAAUGGCCAAGCCAGGUGAAGGCCGCCUCCCUAGCCUUCCGCUCUUGUAGGACUGGGACCCAGCUCUGUGGCUGCUCUAUUGGCUCCGUUAUUUGCAGUGGUAGAAAGCAGUAGCCUGGCUUGGCCAGGCCAUUUCUACAAUGUAAAUAAGUGGCAGGUUCUCCAUGACAUUGUAGUUGUGAAAUUUUCCACAAAUACUUAUACUUACUAAAUGUGGAGCCAUUGGGAAGCCCUUCCAGUAUUUCAUUCCAGGAUGCUUUUGUUCAUUUCUCUUGUCUUUUAAAAUAAGAAACUUGAGAUGACUUUGAUCAUCAAUGUCUUGGCUCCAGGCUGAUCAUGUCUGGCUGAAAAAUAGAAAAGGGCUCUCAAACCAUCCAAACUUAGAAAAGAAAUCUUUUCAGCUGGUUUAUCUAGGUGGGUGUAUUAUAUGGCUUUUUAUAUAAAAGACUUCUAUAUGAAAUUGACACGGCAUUUUCAACUUUUAUAUUCCACAAUAGAGUCAUAAAGAAAUGUGUAAUGUUACAUUUUUAACAGCUGCCCAACUGCGUCUAUACCUGGGGAGAAAGGUUGAAUUGGGUUAGAGGAAUGGGUUCCGGAUUGGCCUCUAGGGGAACAUAGUGUCUUUCUCUGUGUGUGUCCAUCAGUCACAUUUACUCUGGUCCUGAUGUAUUUAAAUGUUUGAAGUGCCUUAGACUCUUGCCAUAUUUUCAAAAUAAAAUUUCAU